AUGAUGUGGCCAAGGUUGUUCACCAGACAAUUUCAAACUACGGCCUUCCGUUUGGCGGAAGAAUCCUCUAGUAAGUUAUCUAGAGAGCAAAUAAGGAAGAAGGAGUUGCGUAAGAUGGCACAAAGAAGACUACAAGCAAAAACACCUGCUAGCGAACAUCCUUUAUAUAUGCCAGUUUCUCAAGCUUUGAGAUACUUGCGUGCGAUUGAAGUUGGGCAACCAGCCAGUCAACAGACAAUAACACUCAGCACAAUUAUAGUUUCAGAGAGAGGUGUUCCUCCACUCACAGGUAAUGUGUCCUUCAGUAAGCCGCUAAAGGAAGUUAAAGUUGCUGUGUUCACUAAUGACGAGGCUCAGACAGCUUUAAUGAAGGAUACAUACAAAGUCCAUUUGGUUGGUGGAACGGACUUGUUAAACCAGAUCAAGGAAGGUAAAGUCAACAUUGAUUUCGAUAAGGCAUUCGCAACCCCAGAUGUUGUUCCUCAACUUGCACAACUUGGUAGAAUUUUAGGUCCUCGUGGUCUACUCCCCACUGUGAAGAAGGGUACUGUUGCUGAAAAUCUUGAAUCUUUGGUUCAAGAAAACAUGAACUCUGUCCCAUUCAGACAACGUGGUAAUAGCAUCAGCUUAGGAGUUGCUAAGACAUACUUUAGUGAUAGAGAAGUCUUAGAAAAUCUUUUGGCUACUGAAAAAGCUUUCAAAGAGGCCAUCGCUAGCCAACAAACAAAGAAACCAAGUAUAUUAGGCCAAACAACUCUGACAAGCACCCACGGUCCAGGUAUUGUUAUUGACUUCGCUUAA